AUGUUCAGCUUCGCCUCCAUCGCACUGCAUCAUGAGCCAUCUGACCCACCACGAGCGCACCAUGGACAGCUGGACGGAAAGAGACGUGUCAAUGCUAGCCAUGGUUCAAGAUCGCAUCCGGCACCUGUCACCGCUGUCACGCGGCUGAUUAUUCGCAACGACCCCCAUGCUGCGUCCAAGUACAUUGCAGACUAUAUCAUUGAACGUAUCAAAACAUUCAAUCCCACAGCUGAACGACCGUUCGUACUUGGCUUGCCCACCGGCAGCAGCCCAGUGCUCAUCUACCAGCAUCUCGUUCAACGCCAUAAAGCUGGCGAGAUCUCUUUUCGCAAUGUGGUCACCUUCAAUAUGGACGAGUAUGUUGGGAUCCCACGGGACCACCCUGAGAGCUACCACAGCUUCAUGUACAAGCACUUCUUCUCUCAUGUGGACGUGAAGCCGGACAACAUCAAUAUCCUCAAUGGCAAUGCUCCCGACCUCGAGCUUGAAUGCCACAAAUACGAGGAGAAGAUCGAGGCGGUCGGUGGCAUCGAGCUGUUUCUGGGCGGCAUCGGGCCCGAUGGCCACAUCGCCUUCAAUGAACCGGGUUCCAGCCUCAAGUCUCGCACACGUGUAAAGACUCUUGCGUACGAUACCAUUCUUGCCAACUCACGGUUCUUCGGUAACAACCUGGAUCAAGUGCCCAGGAUGGCACUGACAGUCGGAGUCCAGACGGUGCUGGAUGCGCGUGAAGUUGUCAUCAUCAUUACCGGGGCACACAAAGCAUUGGCUCUACAGAGAUGCAUCGAAGGCGGUGUAAACCACAUGUGGACUCUUUCCAGCCUCCAAUCCCACCCACACCCAAUGAUUGUCGUCGAUGAAGAUGCCACGCUAGAGCUGCAGGUCAAGACAGUCAAGUACUUUAAGAGCAUCGAGAUGGUAGCCACUGAGCUCGGGUUUCGCCAGAAGCUGCCGCGAAAACGGGAUUCACUUGUCGACGAGGGUGCCUUGCUUGUUCCCGCACGGAACCAAGCCAACGGGCUCAGCUUGACUGUACCACAACAAGACAUAUCGCGCUCCGCAAGUCCAGUGUUUGAGCCAAUGAGUGCCCGCCUCGACGACGAGGAUGCUGAGGCUAAGGUGAUGCAGUCCUGGGAUGCCGUUGAGGAUCAGCCCUCCGUUCGCAUGAGCGCUCGCGUUGCCGGUUGAAUGUAUCGUCCUCCGCCGCGAAAGCGCCGAUGCGCAGUGAAGGUCACAACAACACUCAUUUUGUGUUUCUAGCUUUAUGCUAGUAAGAUUGUUUGCUGUUAUACUCUUAGCAACUCGAAGGGCGCUCCCUGACCAGGUGAAACAUAUUGAUUCAAGAUCUUCAGUCGUCGUAGAAUGCCAGUUUGGCUUUGUCCCCACCAUGUACAGUACAGGAGUUGAGCUCGCAUGAUAGACAUACUGCUGCAAAGUUGAUGAAUCCAUUCUGUGGUGUACGAUUAUGUAUGGGGCGUUGUCGUGUGGAGCUAUAGGUCUAGUAUAGCAGGCACAUCUGUUAGUAUCUCGAUAGGUACCAUGUUAUUGAACAGCCAAUUAAAC